CUGCACUUUUUUUUUUUUUUUCUUUGGUGGUUGUGGUUGUCAUGUAUUUGUGCAUCAGAAAGGAGUGUGAGACCUCACUGGAGAAGUGGUAGGAGCACGUUGCUGGGGAGGGCCGGGACCGGAGUGGCUUCACUCGAGGCAGCAGCGUGGUCUAACCACCCGAUGGAGUCAGGAGGUUUAAGGCUGUCCAGACUCUGCCACGGUUUUGCCGAGUGACCUAAGGCAAGUCACUUAACCACUCUGUGCCUCGGUUUCCCCCGUGCUAAUGGGUGUGCAGUACCCACUUCCGUUAAAGCACUUAAACCCUGGGCUGAAAGGUGCUAUGUAAAUGCAAUGUAUUAAAGGCCAUUGAGUAGAGUUGCUCCCACGUUACAGCAGUCCGCAGUAGCCACGCCAAUUCGCUUGGGUUCAAAAAUCGCCAGUGACUUCUCUUGAUCUGUAACGCUGCGCGGGGGGAAGCACACGAAUCCUGGCGACAGUGACGUGGUCACCUCGGCUCUCCUCCGGACGUCGCAAUGGGUUCUGCCUUCCCCCCGUGCUGCGCUGCUGCGUCACCCCCUCCCUCCAUGCUUGGAGUCCACGCUUCAUCUUACCGGCUGCCUCGCCGCCGCCUGCUCCAGAGACGGAGGCACGGACGGAUGAGAGCUGCGCACCUCCAGGGACCGGCCGCGCUGGAGUGCGGGUUCCCCGCUCUGCCCGGCCCCAGACGGUGCAUCCGACUGGAGCCACUUAGCACCUCGCAUGCUCAUGGGUGUAUCCGACCGCCCGGCACCCGGGGGUCGCGGACGCUGGGUUCACACGUAUCCUCCAUACCUUAGGGCAGGCGCGUGCACGUCCGCACACGCUGGAGGCAGGAAGGCAGAAGCCUGGCUCUGCCACCUCACUGCGCCAGGCGGGUGUUGUGUUCACGGACUCUGUCGGACAAAAAGCUGGGUGAGGGGGAUGUUGCCUGUGGUGACAUCUGCUAUCGGAAAUCGCUGCUUUGGGUGUCUGAGUUUUCUUUUUGAGGGCUGCAGGCUUUAGGCAAGAGGAUUUGGUGUCACUGCGUAGUGUUCAGGCUAGGCUUGUCCAUCUGUCGGCAGGACGCACACCCUAGCGUUGUCUUGAACUCCAGCAAUGCUGCCAUCCUCUCCCAGAGAGAAGAAAGGAAAUCCUUCGGAGCAGAGGGAGCCAGGUCUUACCCGUGUGCUUUACAAGCCUCACUUGAGAAAGAGGGUCACGAUCUCUGUGCUCAUUACAAUCUUGGGAUGCCUUGUAGAGGAGUGGGGAAGCGGGACCCUUCUCGGGGGGCUCAGUCCCCCCAAUCUAUCUUCACAGCAGCACUCAGGAUGGGUUAAUUCAGGUCGCAGAAGGUAACUGGUCUGGGGGGAAGCUCUUCCCCUCUGCAGUGUGCUAAACUUGGUGAGGAUCUUCAUGAAUUGACGUUUUCUUGCCUGGAAGUACGGGACCCAGACUUCCCCCUUGCCUGCAGGCGCUGAAGGCUUCUCCCAAGAGCACAGCCUGGGGAUCUUGCAAGCUGCUGCCAUCAGACGUGUUCAUGUAUUUACCAAAUAAUCCAUCGAAAGUCGUUCAGGAAACUCUCCCCGCUCAGUUGCUACUUGCCACCUCGCUUGCCCCGCUAGCAGCGUUGCUCCGUGCCAGCCCCUGCCGCAGGCUGGGAAAGGGCCCCUCGCCCCCCGCGUCUGCUUGCGCCGGGCCCGCCCGAGCGCCGUGGGCAGCGCUGCGGGGGCUCCGCAGUCUGGCGGGAGGAGUGCGAUACCUACAGCCCAACCUGAGGCUUCAAAAUGAUAAAAAUUCAGCCUUUGGAUUUUUCCUCCAGAAGCGCAGUACCACGCGUAGAGAGGCCAGAGGGAGCCACGUCCCCUCUGCGUCUUCAGAUGCUGCUCUUGGGUGCUGUGCCUGAGGGACGGAGCUCUGGGGAGGAACCCGGGAGGCUGGGCUCGGGCUCUGACUCUAGCGAUGAGAGACAGAAAUGGAGUAAGAAGAAAAGCAAAAGCAGGGACCAUAAAAGCCAGAAGAAACACCGCUCACGGUCCCGGGGUCGCUCCUCCAGCUCGAGCUCGGAGCGCGAGCGAGACAAGAGGAGAGCCCGGAGCAGAGAGCGGCGGAGGAAGAGAGAUGGCUCUAAGUCUUCUGUGUCCUCCGUCAGCUCCCCCUCCCCGCCGCGCUCCCGGGGCAGGGAAGAGACGGGGCAGCAGCUGAGCCUCCAGGAGCGCCUGAGGCUGAAGGAGGAGAAGAAGAAGCAGGCUGCGCUCAUGAAAGCCUUGGAGACGCCCGAGGAGAAACGGGCUCGCCGGCUGGCCAAGAAGGAGGCCAAGGAGAGGAAGAAGCGGGAGAAGAUGGGGUGGGGAGAGGAGUACAUGGGUUACACCAACACAGACAAUCCCUUUGGGGACAACAACCUGCUGGGCACCUUCAUCUGGAGCAAGGCACUGGAAAAGAAAGGGAUCAGCCACCUGGAUGAGAAAGACCUGAAGGAGAGGAACAAGCGGAUCCAGGAGGACAAUCGCCUGGAGCUGCAGAAGGUGAAGCAGCUGCGCCUGGAGCGGGAGCGGGAGAAGGCGAUGCGUGAGCAGGAGCUGGAGAUGCUGCAGCGGGAGAAAGAGGCAGAGCACUUCAAAACCUGGGAGGAGCAGGAGGACAACUUCCACCUGCAGCAGGCCAAGCUGCGGUCUAAGAUCCGGAUUCGGGAUGGGAGAGCGAAACCCAUUGACCUUCUGGCCAAGUACAUCAGCGCGGAGGACGAUGACCUGGCUGUGGAGAUGCACGAGCCCUACACCUUCCUGAACGGCCUGACCGUCUCUGACAUGGAGGAUCUGGUGGAGGACAUCCAGGUUUACAUGGAGCUGGAGCAAGGGAAGAACGUGGACUUCUGGAGGGACAUGACCAUCAUCACAGAGGACGAGAUAGCCAAGCUCCGCAAACUGGAGGCCUCUGGGAAAGGAGGACCGGGGGAACGUCGGGAUGGCGUCAACGCCUCUGUCAGCUCAGACGUGCAGUCCGUGUUCAAGGGGAAGACGUACAACCAGCUGCAAGUGCUGUACCAGGGCAUCGAGAGCAAGAUCCGGGCAGGAGGACCCAACCUUGACAUUGGGUACUGGGAGAGCCUGCUGCAGCAGCUGAAGGCUUACAUGGCUCGGGCCAGGCUGCGAGAGCGGCACCAGGAUGUGCUGCGCCAGAAGCUGUACAAGCUGAAGCAGGAGCAGGGUGUGGAGAGUGAACCACUCUUCCCCAUCAUCAAGCGGGAGCCGGCCUCCCCCAGCGACAGGCUGGAUCCAGAGGAGAGCAUUGGGGUACAGCCAGGGCCGUCCUCGGAGCCGGAGGCCGAGCAAGACGCAGAGGCCAAAGGAGAAGCAGAGGGGGAGGCCGUGCUAAUGGAGGAGGACCUGAUCCAGCAGAGCCUGGAUGACUACGACGCGGGGAAGUACAGUCCCCGGCUGCUGGGCGCCAACGAGCUGCCCUUCGAUGCCCACGUGCUGGAGGCUGAGGAGGAUACGCAUCGGCUGCUGCUUCUGCGCCAGCAGCUCCAGGUCACAGGUGAUGCUACUGAGAGUGCCGAUGACAUCUUCUUCCGUAAGGCCAAGGAGGGCAUGGGCGCGGAUGAGGCGCAGUUCAGCGUGGAAAUGCCCCUCACGGGCAAGGCUUAUCUCUGGGCUGACAAGUACCGGCCCCGCAAGCCCCGCUUCUUCAACCGAGUGCACACGGGCUUCGAGUGGAACAAGUACAACCAGACCCACUACGACUUCGACAACCCUCCCCCCAAGAUCGUGCAGGGCUACAAGUUCAACAUCUUCUACCCUGACCUCAUCGACAAGCGCUCGACGCCUGAGUACUUCCUGGAGGCCUGCCAGGACAACAAGGACUUCGCCAUCCUGCGCUUCCACGCCGGGCCGCCCUACGAGGACAUCGCCUUCAAGAUUGUCAACCGGGAGUGGGAGGAUUCCCACCGCCAUGGCUUCCGUGGCACAGCCUGGGAACACCACCGCCUCCCUUGA